UUAAUCGGAUUACGGAUUGAGGUAGGUAGCGUCGCGGGCAUGCACUUCCACUAGAUCCGAUCCGAUCCGAUCCGAUCCGAUCUUCCCAAAGCUAAAGCACCUGUUCAAUAUUUGAAUUAUCACUUCUAUAUAUUCGAGCGAUCCGACCCGUUUCUUCCGAAAGCUCCAUUAUCCACAAAUGGAUUAGCCACAUCCCCUUGCUGUGCCUCCCUCGAGGUUCAAGAAUCUAGAUUGAGCAAUGGCGACCGUGGCCUGCCCCUGCGCCCGCACCGCCUCCUUCUUCCCUCCUCUCUCCCUUUCCCACCCUUUCUACUCCAGCUCCGUCCCGACGAUGCCUCGCCGUCAGUUCCUCGGUGCCGCGUUCGACCUCCGCCUUUGCUCCUUCCGCCCUGCCAACACCCGCUCCUUCUCCGUCCGGAUGUCCUGGGAUGGCCCCCUUUCCUCCGUCCGCCUCAUUAUCCAAGGGAAAAACAUCUCCUUGACAGAUGCACUGAAGAAGCACGUAGAGGAUAAGGUAGGGAAGGCUGUGCAGAAGCACAGCUACCUCGUCCGGGAGGUCGACGUCCGGCUCUCUAUUCGCGGCGGGGAGUUCGGACGAGGACCCAGGCUUUGCCGAUGUGAGGUUACUUUGUUCAGCAAGAAGCAUGGGGUGAUUCGGGCGGAGGAGGAAGCAGAGACAACGUACGGGAGCAUCGAUUUGGUCUCCUCUGUUCUGCAGAGGAAACUGAGGAAGAUCAAGGAGAAAGAUACUGACCAUGGCCGCCACAUGAAGGGGUUCAAUCGCCUAAAGGUUCGGGAUACAGAGUUGGACAUAGUUGAAAGCUCUGACGAGGAGGAACAAGACAUAGUGGAGUCUUCACCUGCAGAAGAAGACGUAGAACAACUGGGCAAGAUUGUGCGCACAAAGUAUUUUGACAUGCCGCCACUGUCGGUUGAGGAAGCAAAGGAGCAGCUCGAGAAUCUGGAUCACAGUUUCUAUGCUUUCAGGAACGAGGAAACUGGUGAAAUAAACAUCUUGUACAAGAGAAAAGAGGGCGGAUAUGGUCUGAUAAUUCCAAAAGAUGAACAAGUGCCAAAUACCGCAUCAGCUUCUGAACAUACCAUAGAAACUGUUAUCGCAGAGAAAGCAAGUGGAUGAUGCAGGAAGCUACACAUUAUCGGCAAUUCAUCACUUGCUUCUCGAGCUAGAUUACAGGAGAAUCUAGUGGUUGGAGAAGUAUCUCUUCUAUGAUGUGCGAGGCGCACAAGAUCUGUUUGUUUAUACAGACAAACUGGGAUUUUAAGCUUGCACUUUUUUAUCUAAUAUUUUCUCGCUAAACAAAAGAUUAUGGAUCAAUGAUUUAAUGGCAAUCCAAUCAUUGGCUUAACCUUCUUUAAUGGGGAGAGAUAUCAAUCCAA